UUAUGUCAGGUCGUGGACAUAACUAUUCUGAUCGUGGACGUGAUAAUAGUUCAAGAGGACGAAGACAGGACGAACCAUGGAACCAAAGUAGUAGAAGACCUCGUGAAGGACCAUCUGGAUACAGCCAAUCAAGACAAGACAACUAUGGAAGCAGAGACCGUUAUUACGAUGAGAGACCGAGCCAACGAGAAGACCGCGGAGGCCGAAAUGACCGAUAUGAUUCUUAUGGUGGACGGCAUGAAAGGGAUGACGGAAAUAGAGGCUGGCAAGGUCGAGAAGGAUACGACUCUCGCAAUAGGGGAUAUGAUAGAGGGGAAAGGCAAUCUGAUAGAGACCGUUAUGAGAGACAAGACAGAGGUUAUGAAAGAAGGGACGAUUAUGAGAGACAAGACAGAGGUUAUGAAAGAAGGGACGAUCGGUCUCAAAAUAGACCUGAAAGAGGCGGUCGUGGAGGAUACGAUCGUGGUGGAUAUGAAAGGGGCGGUAGAGGAGGGUUUGACCGUCCACCCAGGGGAGGUUUCGAUCGUCCAUCCAGAGGAGGAUAUGACCAAGGAGGUCGUGGUAAUGACCGAGGCGGACGAGGAGGCCGUGGUGGUGGGAGAGGCCGUAGUGGCCCAGUCGACCAAUUUGCAGAUCAGGCACAAAACUCUAAUUAUGACGUGGAAUUUACUGUAGAUGAGUCUCAACUCCAUACCCAUGUUUGA